UGACCCAUGAAACAGUGUAAUGAUGUGUUAUUGAAUACCUCGAGUCGGGAUUAUUAUUGAAAUCAGCAAGGUUUCUUGCUUUAGUUUUUCGGAGCAGGCGGAAAUCGCAGACUUGAGUCUCAGUGGGACAGGGGUCAUUUAUCUCAGGCCCAGUCUGCAUUACACUUUACUACGAGUUACGUAACACCUGAAAACAUAAAACGCCCUGCUGCACAGUCUGUCUUUCACAGCAAGAACACGUUUGGAAGUUAGUGAAGAUGUCUGAAAAGGUCGUGCUGCAUUACUUCAAUGGCAGAGGGAAGAUGGAGUCUGUGCGAUGGCUGCUGGCUGCAGCUGGAGUCCAGUUUGAAGAAGUGUUUCUGACCCAAAAGGAGCAGUAUGAGAAACUGCUGAAUGAUGGAGCCCUGAUGUUUCAGCAGGUGCCUUUGGUUGAAAUCGACGGGAUGCAGCUCGUGCAGUCAAAAGCCAUCUUGAACUACAUCGCUGGAAAAUACAAUCUAUAUGGAAAAGACCUUAAAGAACGGGCUAUGAUCGACAUGUAUUCAGAGGGAAUCAGUGAUCUCAUGGAUUUGCUUAUCAUGUAUCCUUUCACACCAGCUGAAAACAAACCCAAACAGCUCAGUAAUAUAGAGCAAAAGGCCAAAGACCGCUUCCUUCCCGUGUUUGAAAAGGGUCUUGCAAACUCUCAGUUCCUUGUGGGAAAACAGUUGAGCCGUGCUGACGUUCACCUUCUUGAAGUCACUCUGAUGCUGCAGGAGAAACUCCCUACAAUACUUUCAAGCUUUCCUAAAAUCCAGGCUUUUCAAGAGAAAAUGAAGGCCUUACCAACCGUCAGCAAGUUCCUCCAGCCGGGCAGCGCUAGAAAACCUCCACCCGAUGAAGCGUAUGUGAAAACCGUGAAGGAGGUGUUGAGCCACCUUUUCAAAUAGCACGCUCAUGGUUUUACACUGAUUUGAAUUCAUUAACAGAUGAUGUCAAUCACUAAUUAAUUUACAGACCAAACUUCAUUAUUGUUACGAGAUUUAAGCUGAGACCGAUUUAUUAGGAAUGUACGAGAUACAAUUUGGUGAUAUAAAGUGGUCAUGCUGAUGCAAGCGGUCCAGGA